GAAAAUGCAAGCUCAACAAAAUAUAAAAUUCUGAACACUAAGAGAUAUUUGAACACAAUCAAGAUGGAAAUAAGCGACAGCGAGGAUGAAAAUGUCAUAGAGAAAUAUAUUAAAUCUAAUAAAGAUUUGAAUGCGAUAGGAUGGGCAGAUAGUAUUCCCCUGAGAAUUUACCAGUUAGCAGGAGUGAACUGGUUGAUUGACUGUUACAAGAAGGAGCAUGGAGCUAUUCUAGGAGAUGAAAUGGGUCUUGGUAAAACCUGUCAGACCAUAGCUUUUAUACUGUAUAAUCAGAGGUCAAAGAAGAAAGCUCAGCCGAGUCUAGUUGUAUGUCCACGGUCCGUGUUAGAAAACUGGGAUGCAGAAAUUAAGAGGUUUGCACCAACUUUGAAGGUCCUAUGUUAUACAGGAGACAAAGAAAAGAGGAACGAGUUAGCUCAGAAUAUGAAGAAUAAAUCCCAUAAUAUCAAUAUACUAGUCACAACAUAUGAGUUAUGUCUGAAAGACAGUGGAUUUUUAUCGUCUAUUCCUUGGACCUGUUUAGUAGUGGAUGAAGCUCACAGACUAAAGAACAAUGAAUCACAACUUCAUCUGACACUUAAAGAGUGGGAUAUACCACACAGUGUGUUGUUGACAGGUACACCUGUGCAGAACAACCUCCAGGAACUGUAUUCACUACUGAGUUUUAUAGCUCCAAGAAAAUUCAGAAAAUCUGGGCAAGACAAAUUUGUUGAUAAAUUCAGUGAUAUGGAUAAGAAUGGUAUGAAGGAACUUCACAGUCUUUUAAAACCUUAUCUGUUAAGGAGAACAAAAGAUGAAGUUUUAAAGGAUCUUCCUAAAAAGUCAGAGAUUGUUAUGUUUCAUGGAAUAUCUAAAUUACAGAAAAAAUUGUAUAAGGCAAUACUUACCAAAGAUAUCAGUGCGUUUGAAACGGUAAAUUAUCGUGGAGAAAUAAGUGCUCCAAAUUUAAUGAACAUUUUAAUGCAGCUAAGAAAAUGUGUCAAUCAUCCUUAUCUGUUUGAUGGUGUUGAACCAGAACCUUUUAUGAUUGGAGAUCAUUUAAUAGAUGUGAGUGGAAAACUAGCAUUAAUGGAUAAAAUGUUGUCUUAUCUGAAGUCAGCGGGACAUAAAGUGUUAUUGUUCUCACAGAUGACCCACAUGUUGGACAUUCUACAAGAUUAUCUUGGUUAUAGAGGUUAUAGUUAUGAAAGGUUAGAUGGAUCUGUCAGAGGAGAAGAAAGAUUUAUUGCUGUUCAGAACUUCAACAAAAAUGAAGAUACUUUUGUAUUUCUGCUUAGUACAAGAGCAGGAGGUCAGGGGUUAAAUUUGGUGGCAGCAGACACUGUGAUAUUUGUAGAUAGUGAUUUUAACCCACAGAAUGAUUUACAAGCUGCAGCAAGGGCUCAUAGGAUUGGUCAAACAAGACCUGUGAAGAUAGUUCGACUUAUUGGUAAAAACACAGUGGAGGAAAUAAUACUGAAGAGAGCUGAGGACAAACUUAAACUGACAGAAAAAGUUAUAGAGGAAGGAGAAUUCUCACUGGGAUUGUCUAAACAGAAAUUAUUUACUGAUGAUAAAGUUAAGCUGACAGACAUACUGAAGUUUGGAGUAGAUGAUCUGUUGAAAGAUGAUGACAGUUCUGAGUUGGAUCUGGACUUCACAGAACUGUUAGGUCCUACUGUGGGAGGUGAAUGGCAGGUCAAGGAAGAAGUUAUCGAGGAAGAGAAGGCAGACCAAAGUGAAGAAGAGAUGCCAGAUGAUCAUGGACCCCAGAGUAUGUAUGUAUUUGAGGGAACAGAUUACUCAAAAGAACCGUCUACUGCUGAUCAAAAGGCAUUCGAGGAAUUAAUAGAAGCUUCUAGAGUUGUAUUAGAGGAAGAUUUAGGAGAGAGAUCAUUGCGGAGAAAAACUUCACUGUUAAUGGGACCUCUAGCAGAAGGUGGCAGAAAACCAAGAAAACAACUAACACCUGAAGAGCUGGAGGAGAGAAUGAGAAAAAAAAAGGAAGCAGCAGAGAAGAGAGCAAAGUUAGCGGAAGAACAGGAAAUCAGAAGAGCACAGGAAAGAAGGAAGAAAAAAGAAGAGCUAUGGAAGGACAACAGUUACACCUCGGCCCGUGUAGAGGUCCCUAUCGAUGAGGAGGAUGAGGAAGAGGAUCUUUCUCAAAUUGACUUUGACCAGGAGGAUGACGAGAACAAACCAAAGUCACGGGCAAUCCAUUACAUCAGUGGUGAUGUCAUGAAACCUGUGGAUACUGGGUCAUCAGUAAACUUUAUAGUACAUUGUGCAGAUGAUUCUGGAGGCUGGGGUAAAGGAGGUGUGUUUACAGCAAUAUCUAAAAGAUCUGAGGUUCCAGAAAAACAGUAUGAACUGGCUGGUAACUUAUUAGAUUUAGCAUUAGGAGACUGUCACUUAAUACCACUGGAUGAAGAUAUGGAUGAAGUUGAUACUGAAAACUGGCUAGCAUUAUUGAUAGCUCAACAUAGAGAUAAAAGGAACAACUUAUCUGGUAUCAAACUGCCUGCCUUAAGGGAAGGACUACAAGCUGUUUACUAUGCUGCAAAAACUAGAUCAGCUAGUGUCCAUUUACCACGUAUAGGAUAUGACACUCCAGGAUUUAACUGGUAUGGUACAGAAAGGCUGAUAAAGAAACAUCUAGCAUCUAAAGGAAUUCCUACAUACAUUUAUUAUUACCCAAGAAGACAGACAUUAUUGAAAAGAAAAACAUCACUAGGUACAGACAGUGAUACACAAGUCAAGAAACCAAAACAUUCUGAUCAAUCUUCAAAUUCGUCAGUGAAGUCCAGUCUGGGUCUGUUGGAUUUAUUUUCUGAUCUAUCCUUAUAUAUCCAUCCUGACAAGUUUACAGCUGAUCAGUUGAAGACUUAUAGAAGAUAUGUCAUAGCGUACGAUGGUGAUAUACACCCUGUGAUAUCUGAAACCACAAAACUUGUAUUGAUCCAUCCUGAUGCUGAUACAAAAGGCAUCAAACUAGAGAACCUUGAUACACAGAUAGUAACAGAGAAAUGGUUAGAGCAGUGUUUAAUACAGAGAACUUGUUUAUCUACAGACAAAUAUAAACUAUCAUGAAGAAUUAGUUGUCAUGGUGUAGUGAUAUAGGAUAUAGAAACUUAUUAAUUUUAAUAGAGUUUACAUAGCAAAAUUCUCAUAAUAUUGGGAUAUGACCAACACAAUCAUGUAAUUAACAAACUAUUAGACCUCUAGAGGGUAUUAUGUUGUCUGGUCUGUUCAUCUAUUCAUUUGUCUGUUUCUUUUAGGGUUAAAGUUCUGGUAUAAUGUAGUUUACAAAUGAGGUUGAAUAUUUUGAGGUUUAAAUCUUAGGGUAAGCAAUUUUUUUCAUUAUUUAAGCACUGUUGUAUUUAAGACAUGCCUUUAAAGAAAGUCCAUUUUUUUAUAACUUUGAUAUAAAUGGCAGGAAAAUAAUUUUUUAUACCCCCACUCUGGUUGAGUAGGUAUACUGUGUUACUCUUGUCUCUCUCAUCAGCCUUUAUGUCCCAUUAAAUAUCUGUCACAUUUUUCUCAGGAAUUACAAAUAAAAGCUUCCUGAAAUUUGAUAUAAAGCUUCAUGUCAGCAUGCUUUACCCUGUGAUGCCGUUUCAGAUUUAUUGCUCAUCAACUUCCUGUUUACCGAAUAAUUAAAGCAGGGGUAUCGUUAGUGAGCUAUAGCUCAUUGUUCUACUUGUUUAUUCACAAAUGGUUGAUCAUUUUUAUAAUGCUCUUAUAAGAUUAUAAUUAUUUAUUUUGUUAGAUUUAUUUCUUGUUAAUUUUGUUAUUUUCAUGUAUAACUGAAGACAAAGAUAAGUUAAAUGUUCUGCUGGCAAAUAUGUACUGCUGGCUUUACUAAUCAUCCUGCUUCUUCAAAGACAUACAUUAAAUUAAAACAAAAAUAUCAUUAUAACUAGCAAAUAAUAUUUGAAAAGUAUAAUAUGGUAGUAAAAAAGAAACAGUACAUUAGAGAUUUGUGUAAAUGUUAAUGAUGAUCAUUAUUUUCAAUUUUAUCUCAGUACACUAUAGCAGUAUAAAUUUGCUGUUUUAAAAUUCAUCGUCAUGUUUAUUAUCACAGAAAACAACACCUUUUGUCUGUUAAAAGAAUAAAUGAACUUGUUUUUACUGUAAUUAAUUUACAUCCUUCAAAUAAUUUAUAGGGAAACAAUGUUAUAACAGACAAGUACAUUUGUCACUGUUGAAGAUGACAUUAAUUUAAAUUGAAAAUAUAAAUAUCCAUAUCCUAUUGCAUGAAUAAUUAUCUUUAUCUAAUUUGUAUUAUAAAUAGUGUAUUUCAACAAAACCAAUUUCAUAACCAUGGUGAUGAAUGUCAUUUGUUUAACUCCUAAAGGGGUUCCAUUUUUUUAUCAACCUUGAUUAAUUUUGAGAGGAACAAAUUAAGGCUUGAGGUGGUUCUAUUUAGGGUCUCACAUACAAUCGAUCCUGUUAUAGCCUCCCUCAACUCACUUCCUCUCAAUUAGUAGUUAGUCUUUCAUUUAUUUUUCAUAAAUAUUGUCCAUUAUAUUUGUAUCUGACUUCUUAUGAUAUUUUAAAACAAGUAUGGCAGCUAUUUUUUUUUUGGUCGUUUUUUUUUCUUAGAAAAAUUUUAGUCAGAAAGAGUAAAAAAAUAAUGAAUGAGAAAGUUAGUUUAGUCCAAUGACACAAGUAAAAACAUCGCAGGAGAAUGUAUUAUAAACUAUACAACCAAAAGGUUCUCUAAAUGAUGUUUAAUAUAAGAAGGAACCUAAUGUGAUUUCCUACUUGAGAGACAAACAUGGAGUUGUCAAUCAAUGUCUUAUCAGGGAACAGAAGUAAGAAUCAGAACUAUGAAGUAGUUAUCUGUAAUUACUAGUAUUGAUUUAUAGUACUAAAAUAUUAUCUAGAAGUGUUUGUAACUAAAAAGUAGAAAAUUUGUCUGAACUGUUUAUGUUAGUGAAUUGUGUAAGACUGUGAUAAUAAUAAAUGUUUUUAGUUUGA